CGAUACUGCCAGACCAGCUGAGUUUUUCCAGGUAUUUCUGUUUCUGUUUUGGAUUUCCAGCAUCCGCAGUUUUUUGUUUAUAUUCAUCUCUUAGGACCGUAUUUGUAGCAGGUUGGUUGAACCUCUGAUACCAAUCGGUUGGUGACAACGACCUGAUGUAACCUGUCACCAGUGUUUUGAGAAUUAUGUGUGUAGAUCUUGUAUUCGCUUCUACCAUAACUAUGUUGUCACACCAGCUCCACCAAAUCGGCAAACAUGCUUCAUAGGAUUAUCAAAUUGAACGUUGACCUCCAUUCCCGAACUCUGCUUUGACCAAUCAAAUGCACUUUCCUAGCAGGAAGUCAACAAUAAGUUUCGUUUUCCCCUUUUUUUUGCGUCAGACCAGCAUUUGUUUGACCCGCCUAAAAUUAGUACAGGUUGCUUCUUUAUUACUGGAUGUGAUCUAGCAUUGGGACACUCGGAUUUCUACUAAUUAUUAUAGAAUCAGAAAACCCCUAGCUCCAGCUGGACUGACGUUCCUCUUUAGUAAAGUCUGACAGUGAGCCCGGUCUUCACUCUGGUCGUAGACUCGCCCUUCUUUGCACGGAACUAUGCAGAAUGAGACGAACAGACACUGAAAUACUGCUUCGAAGCCGGGUACUUGAUCAUAGUGCAAGAAAGAAGAUGGCGGAUUUUGUACAACAUGAAGUGCCACAGGUGCAAAACUUUGUCAAAAGCGGAAAUCAGUUUUUGAGGACUGCUCGGUCAUUCAUUGUAAAAUCCGUGCGAGAGGGAAAGCUUACCCGUGAUAGAGGAAGAGCCUACUUUAAAGAGAUGUUGCAUACAAUAUUAUUUUGUGGCAGCAUUAACAGUCCUAUUAUUAAACCGGAAGAAAUUUUGGAAUAUGGUGAAUUUCACUUAUUAUCUGCCAAGUAUCCCGACGUCUUUCAGAAAUACAACACCCACCUCCCAACGCGUCCCCCUUACACAGUGCUACUUAAAGCGGUUGUUGAAAUCAUGGGAACAAAUGUUAAUGAAGUUUUGGAAUGUCUAAUGGAUCUGAAUGAUCAAAUGGCCGUGGACUUUACUGAUGAUAACAGCAGCAAAUGUGGAAAUGCCUUUGUAUCAACAGUCAUCAGCUCCUGCUACUUUUACAAUGUUAUUGUCAGAGAGAAGACAAACAAUUAUUUUGGUGCUUCACUGUCAUGUAAAGGAAGGCAGCAGAAAGAAAUUAUGAUUGAUAUAUUGUGCUGUCAAACAUGGCACAGGGACAUUAGCCUGGCAGUGUGUGUUGGCAACUGGUUUAACAAACAAGCUUUUAGGUUUCCUCCUAAAGUGCAAUCCAUGGCUUUUAAGAUAAACCCUCCUGGUGUGGGCAGUACUCCAGGCAGUCGGUAUGAUCGCCCAUCAAGGGUCCAGAUGUCCAGCUCCCUUGAAAGAAGCAGACCUCCUCUUAAGCAACGAAUUAGCUUAAUUCACAGAGAACUUUAUGGGAUAUGGUAUGAUAUGCUCACAGAUGUGAAUUAUGAUCCAAUUCCUGUCAGCCACAAACAUCUGUAUUAUGAAUUUGGCAACUGUGCUGAGUGUGAAUCUCUAAGCCAACUUCUGUGCGCUAACCAACCAAUUGCUGAGAGACUUGAAUACACAAAUUUUUUAACUGAACCAACCAAUAGAUCUGGGCUGAUUAAUUUAAAACAUGAAAGACUUGAAGAAAAUCUCAAAUUAUUAGGAUUUAAUGGAGGACGUCAUUUGGAAUUUUAUGAUCCAUCUGUAUAGAGAUUAUUGCACUGAAGGCAUUUUAUAUCAAUCAGUAUGUCACAUUCCUGGUCAGUAAUAAUCCAGUUGCAUGUAUACAGUUGUAGAGUCUUACACUUUGGGCUGUAAGAUACAAUUUAAGGGACAGAAAAUUCUGGGCAACAUACACUCACAAUUUCCCAGUUUGUGCUUCCUGUGGAUGAUUAUUCACACUGGGAAUGGAGCAGUCUAAUGAAAAUGAAUAUUUUAAAAGUGCAACAUAUUCAAAUGGACUGGUUUCUGUGAUUCAAUCAAUUGUGAUAGAGAAACUGGCCCUUUCAAUUUUGAACAACUCCUGAUGCUGAUAUCAAAUGACAAGAAAGAAGUCCUAUAGUCUGUUUCCUUCAUUUGCUCUGCAUCAUGUGCCUGCCAGGCAUGCAAUACAAAUCCUGCGGCCAGGCAUGUCAGUAAUCAAUCAAAAAUAAAUUUAAAAUGAUAGUAACAUUUAUGAACACAGGUUAAAUAUAUUUUUAUAACUGCAGACAAAAAACAAGUACUUAGAAGUAAAUUCCUAGCCUGGGACUGUGAUGUGGUAUACAACGCACGAAUAGGGCUCUUUUUACCUUUUUAAGUAAAGUUUAUGCUAUAUUAAUGUCACUUCCUCUAAAUAUGAUACAGGAACAAAGGUUGGAAUUAAACAACUUUGCAGGAAAUUUCAUGAUGUGAUAAAUGUGUUUUAAGAUCUAUUACAGCAAUAUAGGGUCUUUUCCCACUUGCCUGCUAAAUUUUAUGGAAUGAAAUCAUUUCAGUUUUAUGCUCUGAUGUGUCCUGUGGCGUCAUCACAUUCUUUUGCAUUCAGCAGAGUUUGACUUGAUCUACCAGCAUUUAAGAGAGAUUAUAAGAUUUUCUGUUUGCCGGAGUAUUUAUUACACAAGACAAGUUUGCGUAAAUAAUGUUUUUGUCUGUGUUGACAGUGCUUGAUGGGUUGGAAUUAAACAAGAAACUGAUUCUUUGAAAGAUCUAACCAUGAACUGUUUGUAGGUGUUUGGCAACACUGAAUGCUGGAAACUUGUUUGACAGAGAAAAAAACAAAAUUGAAUUGAAUACACUAUUACUUCAUCAAACUUGAAGUCAAUAAAAUUAUGCAAAGGAAA